AUCGUCAGGAUAAGUCUCGAGAUAACAGUGCUCGAGCUCCACUAGGAGUCUCCGGUCCACGACUCAGCCUUACCAGUCAACCUUAUGACCGUAGUGCGGCACAGCACCUCGAUGUCCAGCGGAAUUUCCAUGGAAAGGGCAACUUCAUCUCUUGAAAUCAUUGCUGCGUCGCGAGACUCAUAAGUCUUGACUUGAAAGGCAUUUCGAAACAUAUCUUCAAACACAGUUCUUGCUCUGUGAUUGAUUUUCUUCUCCUUUGUUAAUCUAGCUGCGAGCACAAUGCCUUCGGGACCCCGCUACGAAAGAGUCCCCCUCGAAGAAGAAAACCUCCCCACCUCCACCACCGCCAACAACUACUUCACCGGCCUCCCCAACACUGCUCCCCCAUCCUUCCGCACCAUCCCCCUCGACCAACAAUCCUUCUCCCCCUCUCUCCCGCACCGCCACGACGAGAGCGCCGCGACCGUCAUGCCCGCCAGCGAGCGCCCCGAACGCACCUCCACAUCCAGCCCCGCCGACGACCCCGCCAUCUCCCUCUGGGGCGCAACCGAGAGCGUGAUCACCAUGCGGGAAAACUCGUCGCGGGAGGACAUCCUGGUGCGGUUAUUGGACGCCGUGGAGAGGUUAGAGGGACGGCUUGAUGCGAAGGCGGAAGAGGUUCAGAAUAAAGAGGAGAUCGAUCUCGAGGCGUCGAGGGAGGAGAAGAGGGCGCAGCGGACGAAGGAGAUUUUGGGGGCGCUGGGGGGGAUCUUUGUUACGAUUGUGGUGUUGGUGUGGUUGGGUGCUAUUAUCAUUAUUCCGGCGGUGGCGAAGUAUAAGUAUGCGGGUGCGAUAGCUGCUGCUGCCGCGGCGUCUAUCCCGACUUCAAGUCAGGGUUGAGAUGGAUUAGGUUGGGUUUGGGGUGGUGUUUUGGUGUUAAUGGGAUUGUGUGUACGUUAAUUAGGUAUUUGUAACAUUGCCGCACAAUAUGAAAUGAAGAUACUUCAGAC